AGCAACCUGAGCUCAAAACACUUUCAAGAACCGGCGCUGCCUAGAUCUCAGCUUAAUCUCGUUCCGUGUCCAAGCAAUGGCACCUGCUGCUGAGAUGACGAAUUUGAGCCAGAUGCCCAUGAUGCCUCAGCCCAGCCAGGUCAUCGUCUUGGUCGAUGCAUCCACCUUUUCUGUCACUCACGCAGCUCCUGUGAGUUAUGUGACCUGGUGUCCUCAACCUGGUCCAUGUCAGCCGGGCUUCACCCAACAUCUGCAGCUUCCAGUGAUGCCUGCGGCCGCUCCAACCUCCCCCUGUGGCGCCCCCUGUGGUCCCAUUGCGCCCUUGACCGCAACGCCUCGCACCGACGUCCCCAGUGACGACAGCGAGGAGCGAAGGCAGGCCGCGCCGCGCUGCACGGCCAGCACGGCCCGGCGGCUGAGGCGAAAGCGGGCCGCGGAGCGGGCGAAGAUCGCGAACGCCUCCGGAGCGCCGAAGGUGGACUUGGACGAACUCCGUGCGCAACUCAAAGAAGAUCCAGUGGCCGCGUUGCAGAUGAUGAAAGGUCACGUUUGGGCUUGGUCGCGUAACGACCUGGGCUGUCGCCUGGUCCAGGAAGCCCUGGAGACCGGCGGCCGCGAGGCGGCGGAGCUGGCCACGGAGCUGGAGGGCCACGUGCUCGAGGCAGCCAUGUGUCCCCAUGCCAACUAUGUGAUCCAAAAGGUGGUCUCCCACCUCUCCAGCGCAGCCUCCCGCUUCGUGGCCUUGGAACUGCACGGCAGCGUGGUGCGUGUGGCCAAGCACCGCUUUGCGUGUCGUAUCCUUUGCAGGCUCUUGGAGUUCUGUUCCUUUAGCGUAACAUCAGCACUGAUGGAUGAACUGUUGGUGGAUGCUGCAGAGUUGUGCACCCAUAACUUUGCCCAUCACGUCAUGGAAUCCAUCUUGGAGAAUGGCGAGGAACGCCACAAGAAGUUGGUGGCAGAUGUGUUGCUGGUGGAUCCAAGGAAGUUUGCCACCCACAAGAAUUCCAGCUAUUUGGUGGAAAAGGUGUUGAGCUAUUGCAGCCAGAGUGAGCAAGAUGUUCUUGUGGCCAAACUGGGGCAGCCGGAGAUGAUUCUGGACCUGGCCCUCACCCAGUUCGGUUGCUACGUUGCACGAGCCAUGCUGCGUGAUACCCGAGUGAACUCGGACGCAGCCAUGCAACUCAUUCGGGGACACCAGUCCAAGCUGGAGGAGACCCCGCAUGGACAGCGUUUUUUGGUGGAUAUCGGCUUGAUCCAACCGUAUCCCGUUGGAUCCAUGGUGGCAGGCAUGUAACUAAUCCCAAACCAACGCCCGGUGUGGCGCAAAUCUUUCAAGGUUCCCGUUGUGGCGCAGAAUUCGUGAGGGCAUUGUACAGUUCACCCCUCAGGAAAGAACAGAUACACCCGCAGCUUGCCAGAGGGCGGCAGGGUAACUGGCACGUGCUUGAAGAAGCGUGUGCAAACUUGCAUCAACCCCAACGCAGUCCAACACAUCAAAGUGGCGCCUUUACAAAAUCUGCAUCUACUGCCUUGGCCAGCCUUGGCCCUUCGUUUUUCAAGGAUUGAGGGUUGCGUUGGGAUGGCCCCCGCAUGCGGAUGGCCGCACCAGCCUGUACAGCCGAUGGUGCGGGGCGGGAGCCAUGGGUUGUGGUUGCGGCGAUGACCGCUAGGGCCCAACUCACAAUCCCCUGUGCAGUCUGGUUAAUCAGCAGCUCCGCAGCUGACGGAUUGACAUCUGAGGCCCUUGAGUCGAGAUCUGGAGCCUUGAGCGCUCUGGAG